GCGGGGCGGGACGAGGGAGCCGGGCGCCGGGGCCGGGAAAGUUACUUAGUUGCGGGCUGGAUCCGGAGCCGCCCGGGGCCGGACAAAGGGAGGAGGGAAGGGGCGGCCCGGACAGCCCCAGCCCCGGGACGCCGCGAGGCUCCGGCUCCGGCUCCGGCUCGCUGCGAGGAUGUGGCCCCGGCUGCUGCUGCUGCUGCUGCUGCUGCUCGGCGUGGCCCGUGCAGCCAGGACGCUGGAUGAUGCCUCCUUCCCCGAGGACACAGAGUCUGACCACGCGGGCAGGCGCAGGUGGAGCUACACCGACCUCUCUGACGACGAGGACCUGGUGGCGGAUGAGGCCUCAGGAGACGGCAAUGGCAGCGGGGAGAACGGCAGCGGGACUCCCUUCCCGAGCGCGCUGCCCUCCGUCACCAUGCAGCCCGAAGUCACGUUCUUCCCCACAGCUCUCGCAGCCAUUGCUGCUGUUUCUCUCUUGGUAACUGCAAACCUUUCUCUUUCCUUUCCUGUCCUGUCCCUCUCUGUCCCCUCAUCUCCCUCCCCAUCAGCAGUGGUCCCCGCUCCCGCGGGGCUGCCCCCCCUAGCAGGGAUGACCGUCUCUGAACCGGACGACGAUGCCCCGCUCAUCUACUACCGUGCGUUGGUGAACUUCACCCGCAGCAUCGACUACAGCCCGGCGCUGGAUGAUGCCAACUCAAGCACCUUCCGGGAGGUCUCGGACGCGGUGGUGGACACGCUGGAGUCCGAGUACUACAAGAUCUCCGGGGAGCAGGUGGUCAGCGUGGUGUUCAUCAAGGAGAUGGACGACUACAUCUUCGUGGAGCUGGACGUGGGCUCGGAGGGCAACAUGGACGACGAGGAGAUCCGCCAGGUGCUCUACUCGGUCAUCCAGGCCGGCUCCAUCGCCUCCUACGUCACCUCCACCGAGGGCUUCCAGUUUCGGCGCCUCGGGGCAGUGAUGCCGCCGGCCGUGCGAGCCUGCACGAGCGAGGAGUUCACGUGCCGCAGCGGGGAGUGUGUGGACCGCGACUUCCGCUGCGACCGCCGCCCCGACUGCCGCGACAUGUCGGAUGAGGAGGACUGCGGUGAGCGCCUUGGGGAAUGGGAGCCUGUGACACUGCCCCUGCCGAUCACCACCGCGGCCCGGCCGGUCACCACUCGGAUGCCAGCCACCACCAUCACCCCCACCACACCCACAGUCACCACGCGGCGGCCACUGACCCCCUUUCCUGGCCACUUCCGCCCCACUGGCCCCUUGGGGCAGCGCCCCUGCCGCCGGGACGAAGUCAUGUGCACCAACAAGCAGUGCAUCCCCCAAGAUUACCUGUGCGAUGGCGAAGAGGAUUGCGCUGACGGGAGCGACGAGCGGAAAUGCGGCACCCCCAGCCCGUGCGAGCCCAACGAGUUCAAGUGCCGGAACGGGUACUGCGCCCUCCAGCUGUGGCUGUGCGAUGGCGACAACGACUGCGGGGACGGCUCUGAUGAGAUGGACUGCCCCACCAAGGCCCCCGGUGACACCUGCGGCCCCAACCAGUUCACUUGCGUGUCCAACCGCACAUGCAUCCCUGCCAGCUACCACUGCGACGAGGAGGUCGACUGCCCCGAUCGCUCCGACGAGUUUGGCUGCACACCCCCCCAGGUGAUCACGCCCCCUGAGGAGUCCAUCCAGGCCUUCCCCGGCCAGACGGUGCGCUUCACCUGCGUGGCCAUCGGCGUCCCCACACCCAUCAUCACCUGGAGGCUCAACUGGGGGCACAUCCCCGCCGGCAGGAGAGUGUCCAUCUCGAGCGAGAAGGGGCGCGGGACACUGAUCAUCCGGGAUGUGAAGGAGGCUGACCAGGGCGCCUACACCUGCGAGGCCAUCAACGCCCGCGGCAUGGUGUUCGGCAUCCCUGACGGCGUGCUCAGCCUCACGCCCCAGCGCGGCCCCUGCUCCGAGGGCCACUUCCACAUUGAGGGCACAUCCAAGUGCCUGCCCUGCUUCUGCUUCGGCAUCACCAAGGCGUGCCGGAGCACCGGCCGCUACCGCCACCAGAUCCGCCUCCGCUUCGACAGGCCCGAGGACUUCAAGGGCGUGAACGUGACGAACCCGGUGCUGCCCGGGAUGCUGCCCCUGUCCUCCACGCAGCUGCAGAUUGACCCCGCGCUGCAGGAGUUCCAGCUGGUCGACCUGUCCCGCCGGUUCCUGGCGCACGAAUCCUUCUGGACACUGCCUGCCCAAUUCCUGGGCAACAAGGUGGACUCCUACGGUGGCUUCCUCACCUUCAAAGUGCGCUACGGGUUGGCACGCGGGCAGCCAGAGCCUGUGCAGAAACCCGACGUGAUCAUCGUGGGCAACGGGCAGAAGCUCAUCUACCGGGCACGAGUGCCCACCCAGCCAUCCGCCAUCAACCAGCGCCGUGUGCAGUUCACGGAGGAGAACUGGGUGCAUGAGUCGGGGGCACCGGUGAGCCGGGAAGAGCUGCUGCUCGUCCUGCAGCGCCUGGAGAGCGUGCUGCUGCAGACCGUCUACGACAACAGGAUGGCCAGCGUGGGGCUGAGUGACAUAGUCAUGGACACCACCACGACCGAGGUCACCAGCCUGGGCCUGGCGCGCGGCGUCGAGGAGUGCAGGUGCCCCACCGGCUACUUGGGCCUGUCCUGCGAGCGGUGCGAUGCCCAGUUCAAGCGGGUGGCCCAGGGCCCCUACCUGGGCACCUGCUCUGGCUGCAACUGCCACGGGCACUCCAGCUCCUGUGACCCGGUCUUCGGCUACUGCCUGAACUGCCAGCACAACACGGAGGGGCCCCAAUGCAACAAGUGCAAACCCGGCUUCUUCGGAGAUGCCACCCGGGGCACAUCCACGGCCUGCCGGCCCUGCCCCUGCCCCUACACUGAGCCUGGACGCAGGUUCUCGGACUCGUGCUUCCUGGACACGGACGGGCAGGCCACGUGCGACGCCUGCGCUCCCGGCUACACCGGGCGGCGCUGCGAGAGGUGCGCGCCGGCCUAUGAAGGCAACCCCAUCCGGCCAGGCGGGAAGUGCACCAGAGUCGGCCAGGAGAUCGUGAAGUGCGACGAGCGGGGCAGCAGCGACUCCUCCGGCGGCGCCUGCCUCUGCAAGCCCAACGUGAGAGGCCGUCUCUGUAAUGAGUGCGUGGCGGGGGCCUUCCACCUGAGUAACACCAACCCCGACGGCUGCCUGAAGUGCUUCUGCAUGGGCGUCUCGCGACAGUGCGCCAGCUCCUCCUGGAGCAGAGACCAGGUGCGAGCCGUGUACGAGGACAGCGAGCGGGCACCGCUCAGCCUCUCCAACCUGGCCACCACACGCACGGUCAGCGAGGGCCUGCGCUUCUCUGGCCCGUCCGAGCUGGCCUUCUCCGACUUCCACGCCCUGCCCCGCGACGUCUACUACUGGGUCCUGCCCGAGCGCUUCAAGGGAGACAAGGUAACCUCGUACGGUGGGGAGCUGCGCUACACAGUCACGCACAGCGUCUUCCCGGGCUCCCAGCCGCUGCCCCGCCAGGCCGACGUGCUCUUGCAAGGCAAUGGCAUCUUCCUGGAGCACUUCGCUGAGGCCAGCCCCGCGCCAGGCACCCCCACCACCAUCACUGUGCCCUUCCGCGAGCGAGCCUGGCAGCGUGCAGACGGGCAGGAUGCCACAAGAGAACACCUGCUGAUGGCACUGGCCGACAUCAACGUCUUCAUGAUCCGGGCAUCGUACACUGACCGGCCGUCGGACAGCAGGAUCUCCAACAUCCACAUGGAUGUGGCUGUACCCCACUCCACGGGCCUGGAACAGGCACUGGAGGUGGAGGAGUGCACCUGCCCCACUGGCUACCGGGGCCCGUCCUGCCAGGACUGCGACGUGGGCUACACGCGCACCACCAGCGGCCUCUACCUGGGUACCUGCGAGCAAUGCGACUGCAGCGGGCACUCGAGCGACUGCGACGCUGAGACCGGGGACUGCCAGAGCUGCCAGCACAACACGGAGGGGCCCCACUGCGAGAGCUGCCAGCCGGGCUACUACGGCGAUGCCCGUCGGGGGACGCCCAGAGACUGCCAGCCCUGCCCGUGCCACGGGCCCUAUUCUGCCAGCCAAGCCACGAAGAUCUGCUUCCUGGACACGGAUGGGCAGCCCACGUGCACCACGUGCGCCCCUGGAUAUGUCGGGCGCCAGUGCGAGAGAUGUGCUCCUGGCUAUGUGGGGGACCCCAGCCGUGAACAGCCCUGCCGAGAGCCAGAUGACCCCAGGGGCGACUGCCGCUGCGACCCGCGGGGCAGCGUGAGCGGGCAGUGCGAUGCCAGAGGGCAAUGCCGGUGCAAGCCCAAUGCGGAGGGUCCCUCGUGCAGCAGCUGCCGGGCCGGCCACUUCCACCUGAGCACCGAGAGCCACGAGGGCUGCCUGCCCUGCUUCUGCAUGGGCGUCACGCAGCAGUGCACCAGCUCCUCCUCCUACAGGGACCUGGUCAGCACGCCCUUCGCCCCCGGGAACUUCCAGGGCUUCGCGCUGGUCAACCGCCAGCACAGCACUCGCAUCUCGACCGGCUUCACGGUGGAGGCAUCCGGCGAGGGGGCCCGGCUCUCCUACGGGCGCUUCGGGGAGAUGGGCCAGGAGGCCUACUACUGGCACCUGCCUGAGAUCUACCAGGGGGACAAGGUUGGCUCUUAUGGCGGACGGCUGCGCUACACCCUCUCCUACAGCUCCGGGGGCAGGGGCACCCCGCUGCCCGAUGCCGACGUCCAGAUCACGGGCAACGACAUCACACUGGUGGCCUACCAGCCCGACCUGGCGCCGCGGGACCAGAAGAGCUUCGAGAUCGUCUUCCGGGAGCAAUACUGGAAGCGGCCCGACGGGCAGCCGGCCACGCGGGAGCACCUCAUGAUGGUGCUGGCCGACCUGGACGAAAUCCUCAUCCGCGCCACCUACUCCACGGACAUGGUGUCGGCCAGCCUCUCCGGCGUCAGCAUGGAGACCGCUGUGCCCACCUACACCGCUCUGCCGCGAGCGCCAGAGGUGGAGGAGUGCCGCUGCCCGCCGGGGUACCAGGGCCUCUCCUGCCAGGACUGUGCCCCCGGCUACACCCGGACGGGAGCUGGCCUGUACCUGGGGCACUGCGAGCUGUGCGAGUGCAACGGCCACUCCGACUCCUGCCACCCCGAGACCGGAGCCUGCUCGAGCUGCCUGCACGGCACGGCUGGGGAGUUCUGCGACCAGUGCGCCCCCGGCUUCUACGGCGACGCCACAGCCGGCACCCCCGAGGACUGCCAGCCCUGCGCCUGCCCGCUGCCCGACCCCGAGAACCAGUUUUCACGGACGUGCGAGAGCCUGGGGGCCGGGGGCUACCGCUGCACGGCCUGUGAGCCCGGCUACACCGGCCAGUACUGCGAGCAGUGCGCGCCAGGCUACGUGGGGAACCCCAAUGUGCGUGGGCAGAAGUGCCUGCCUGUGGCCCGAGCCCCUCUCGUGGUCCGCAUCCACCCCACCAAGACCACGGUAACACAAGGCAGCGAGGUGAUCCUGCGCUGCCAGGCCAGCGGGAACCCACCCUACAACUACUACUGGUCCCGCGAGGACGGGCAACCCCUUCCCAGCUCUGCCCAGAGCAGGCGGCAAGGCGAGGAGCUCCACUUCCCCAGCAUCCAGCCCUCCGAGGCCGGCGUCUACCUCUGCACCUGCCGCAACUUGCAGCACAGCAACACCAGCCGGGCAGAGGUCGUUGUCAAGGAGGCCCUGAGCAAACCCAUCACUGUGACCGUGGAAGAGAAGAGGGUCCAAAGGGUGAAGCCUGGAGCUGACGUCACCUUCAUCUGCACGGCCAAGAGCAAGUCCCCAGCCUACACGCUGGUGUGGACACGCCAGAACAACGGCAAGCUGCCCAGCCGUGCCAUGGACUUCAAUGGCAUCCUCACCAUCCGCAACGUGCAGCCCGAGGAUGCCGGCAUCUACGUCUGCACCGGCUCCAACAUGCUCGACAUGGAUGAGGGCACGGCCACCCUCUACGUGCAAGCCACGCAUGCCAGCGCGCCCACGGCCACCAUCAAGCCGGCACAGCUCACCGUGCAGCCGGGCCAGCCGGCCGAGUUCCACUGCGUGGCUACCGGGAACCCCCCGCCCACCCUGGAGUGGAUCGGCGGGCAGAACGGUGUCCUGUCCCCCCGAGCCGUGGUGCGGGGUGGGGUGCUGCGCUUCCCGGCCGUGGAGCCCUCCGACGAGUCGCACUAUCUGUGCCGCGUGCGCAACAGCGCCGGACAGCACGUGGCCCGCGCCAUUCUCCAAGUGCACAGUGCCAGCGUCCCGCAGGUGCAGGUGAGCCCGGAGCGGACGGAGGUGCAGGAGGGCAGCACCGUGCGACUCUACUGCAGGGCUGCCGGCUCCCCCACCGCCACCAUCUCCUGGGAGAAGCAAGGGGGUAGCCUGCCACCCCAGUCGCGCUCGGAGAGGACCGACAUCGCCACCCUGGUCAUCCCCUCCAUCACGGUCGCUGACAGCGGUGUGUACCUGUGUGUCGGGACCAGUGCGGCCGGCGUGGCCCGGGCCAGGAUCGAGGUGGUCGUACGAGCCUCAGGGGCUGUGUCCCCCAUCCGCAUCGAGGCAUCGGCAUCGCCAUCGUCCGUGGUCGUAGGGCAGACCUUGGAUCUGGACUGCGUCGUGGCUGGGCACUCGCAAGCCGUGGUCCUCUGGUACAAGCGGGGAGGUGCCCUCCCAGCCAGGCACCAGGUCUUCGGCUCCCGCCUGCACAUCCCCCAGAUCUCGGCGGCUGACUCUGGUGAAUACGUCUGCCGCAUCAGCAACGGCGCUGGGCCCAAGGAGGCCUCCAUCGUCAUCACCGUGCAAGGCGCUGGAGCCGUGCAGGGGGCUUCUUCCAUGAGCAUCGAGUCUUCGUCGCCGGCCGUGGCGGAGGGACAGACCCUGGACCUAAACUGCCUCGUGGCAGGCCAGUCGCACCCCAGCGUCACGUGGCACAAGCGCGGGGGCUCUCUGCCCGCCCGACACCAGGUCUCCGGCUCCCGCCUGCGGCUAGUGCAGGUCUCCGCGGCCGACUCGGGCGAGUACGUCUGCAGCCUCAGGACUGGGGACACCAUUCAAGAGGCCUCCAUCUUCGUCACCGUGGCCCGUGCCACUGACAGCUCCCACCCCUCGAGCAUCACACCCCCCAUUCGGAUCGAGUCUUCCUCAGCUCCCGUCACUGAAGGACAGACCUUGGACCUGAACUGCGUCAUUGCAGAGCACCCGCAAGCCCCGGUCAAGUGGUACAAGCGCGGGGGCUCCCUCCCGGCCAAGCACCAGGUCUUUGGCUCCCGCCUGCGCAUCCCGCAGGUCACCGAGGCCGACUCGGGCGAGUACGUCUGCAGCCUCAGGACUGGGGACACCAUUCAAGAGGCCUCCAUCUUUGUCACCGUGGCCCGUGCCACUGACAGCUCCCACCCCUCGAGCAUCACACCCCCCAUUCGGAUCGACUCUUCCUCAGCUCCCGUCACCGAAGGACAGACCUUGGACCUGAACUGCGUCAUUGCAGAGCACCCGCAAGCCCCGGUCAAGUGGUACAAGCGCGGGGGCUCCCUCCCGGCCAAGCACCAGGUCUUUGGCUCCCGCCUGCGCAUCCCGCAGGUCACCGAGGCCGACUCGGGCGAGUACGUCUGCAGCCUCAGGACUGGGGACACCAUUCAAGAGGCCUCCAUCUUCGUCACCGUGGCCCGUGCCACUGACAGCUCCCACCCCUCGAGCAUCACACCCCCCAUUCGGAUCGAGUCUUCCUCAGCUCCCGUCACCGAAGGACAGACCUUGGACCUGAACUGCGUCGUUGCAGAGCACCCGCAAGCCCCGGUCAAGUGGUACAAGCGCGGGGGCUCCCUCCCGGCCAAGCACCAGGUCUUUGGCUCCCGCCUGCGCAUCCCGCAGGUCACCGAGGCCGACUCGGGCGAGUACGUCUGCAGCCUCAGGACUGGGGACACCAUUCAAGAGGCCUCCAUCUUCGUCACCGUGGCCCAUGCCACUGACAGCUCCCACCCCUCGAGCAUCACACCCCCCAUUCGGAUCGAGUCUUCCUCAGCUCCCGUCACCGAAGGACAGACCUUGGACCUGAACUGCGUCGUUGCAGAGCACCCGCAAGCCCCGGUCAAGUGGUACAAGCGCGGGGGCUCCCUCCCGGCCAAGCACCAGGUCUUCGGCUCCCGCCUGCGCAUCCAGCAGGUCACCGAGGCCGACUCCGGCGAGUACGUCUGCCGCAGCAGCACCGGCACCCAGGUCCAGGAGGCCUCCGUCAUCGUCACUAUACAGGCCAUCACCAGCCCCUCGUCCUCAGGCAUCACGCACCCCAUCAGGAUCGAGUCUUCGUCCUCCCACGUCACCGAAGGACAGACCUUGGACCUGAACUGUGCUGUGGACGGCCAGGUGUCAGCCCAGGUCACGUGGUACAAGCGUGGGGGUCCCCUCCCAGCCAGGCACCAGAUCUCUGGCUCCCGCCUGCGGCUGGUCCAGGUCACGCCGGCCGACUCGGGCGAGUACGUCUGCCGCGUCAGCACCGGCACUGCUACCAAGGAGACGUCCGUCCUCGUCACCAUCCAGCACAGCGGUGCCGUGUCCCACCCCUCGAGCAUCACCCCUCCCGUGAGGAUCGAGUCGUCAUCAUCCUCCGUGGCCGAAGGGCAGAGCUUGGACCUGAACUGCGUGGUGGCCGGGCAGUCCUCGGCCCAGGUCACCUGGUACAAGCGCGGGGACUCCCUGCCCGCCAGGCACCAGAUCUCCGGCUCCCGCCUGCGGCUGGUCCAGGUCACGCCAGCCGACUCGGGCGAGUACGUCUGCCGCAUCAGCACCGGCACUGCCACCAAGGAGACGUCCGUCCUCGUCACCAUCCAGCACAGCGAUGCCGUGUCCCACCCCUCCAGCGUCACCCCUCCCGUGAGGAUCGAGUCAUCGUCGUCCUCCGUGGCCGAAGGGCAGAGCUUGGACCUGAACUGCGUGGUGGCCGGGCAGUCCUCGGCCCAGGUCACCUGGUACAAGCGCGGGGACUCCCUGCCCGCCAGGCACCAGAUCUCCGGCUCCCGCCUGCGGCUGGUCCAGGUCACGCCGGCCGACUCGGGCGAGUACGUCUGCCGCGUCAGCGCCGGCAGCACCACCAAGGAGACGUCCGUCAUCGUCACCAUCCAGCCUAAGGACGCCUCAUCCUACUCGCCCCCAGCCGUGGCCGUCACGCCGCCUGUGAGGAUCGAGUCGUCGUCGUCCUCCGUGGCCGAAGGGCAGAGCUUGGACCUGAACUGCGUGGUGGCCGGGCAGUCCUCGGCCCAGGUCACCUGGUACAAGCGUGGGGACUCCCUGCCUGCCAGGCACCAGAUCUCCGGCUCCCGCCUGCGGCUGGUCCAGGUCACGCCAGCCGACUCGGGCGAGUACGUCUGCCGCGUCAGCACCGGCACUGCCACCAAGGAGACGUCCGUCCUCGUCACCAUCCAGCACAGCGGUGCCGUGUCCCACCCCUCAAGCAUCACCCCUCCCGUGAGGAUCGAGUCGUCAUCAUCCUCCGUGGCCGAAGGGCAGAGCUUGGACCUGAACUGCGUGGUGGCCGGGCAGUCCUCGGCCCAGGUCACCUGGUACAAGCGCGGGGACUCCCUGCCCGCCAGGCACCAGAUCUCUGGCUCCCGCCUGCGGCUGGUCCAGGUCACGCCGGCCGACUCGGGCGAGUACGUCUGCCGCGUCAGCACCGGCACUGCCACCAAGGAGACGUCCGUCCUCGUCACCAUCCAGCACAGCGGUGCCGUGCCCUACCCUUCGGGUGUCACCCAGCCAGUGAGGAUCGAGUCUUCAUCGUCCUCCGUGGCCGAAGGACAGACGCUGGAGCUGAACUGCAUCGUGGCAGGGCCGUCACCAGCCCAGGUGACAUGGUACAAGCGUGGGGGCUCCCUCCCGGCCAACCACCAGGUCUCCGGCUCCCGCCUGCGCCUCCCCCAGGUAUCCGCGGCCGACUCGGGCGAGUACGUGUGCCGCGUCGUCACCAGCGGCAUCCCGCACGAGAGCUCUCUCAUCGUCACCAUCGAGGGCAGUGCCGGCUCCUAUUCUCUGGGCGUCACCCCGCCAGUGAGGAUCGAGACCUCUUCCUCCUCCGUCAUCGAGGGACAGACCCUGGACCUGAACUGCAUGGUGGCCGGCCACUCGCACCCCAGAGUCGCGUGGCACAAGCGGGGGGGCUCCCUGCCAGCUGGCCACCAGGUGCUGGGCUCCCGGCUGCGCCUUCUGCAGGUCUCGCCGGCCGACUCGGGCGAGUACGUGUGCCGCGUCCUCAACGGUGCCGGCUCCCUGGAGGCCUCUGUCAUCGUCACCGUCCCCAGCAGCGCUGGCUCCUACUACUCCUCCAGCACCACUCACCCCAUCCGCAUCGAGUCCUCCUCAUCCUCCCUCGCCGAGGGGCAGACCUUGGACCUCAACUGCGUGGUGGCCGGGCAGCCCCAGAUCACAUGGCACAAGCGUGGGGGCUCCCUCCCGGACAACCACCAGGUCUCCGGCUCCCACCUGCGCAUCCCCCAGGUCUCCUCGGCCGAUUCGGGCGAGUACGUGUGCCGCGCCAGUGCUGGCGGUGUCACGCGGGAGGCUGCUCUCGUCGUCACCAUCGAGGACGAUGCCAGCCCUUCCCACCCUUCAGGCUUCACGCCCCCCGUCCAAGUUGAGGCUUCGUCAUCCUCCGUUGUCGAAGGACAGACCGUGGACCUGAGCUGCGUGGUGGCCGGCCAGUCCCAGCCCCGCGUCACGUGGUACAAGCGCGAUGGCUCCCUCCCGGCAAAACACCAGGUCUCCGGCUCCCGGCUGCGGCUGGCCCAGGUCUCCGUGGCCGACUCGGGCGAAUACGUCUGCCGGGUCAGCAGCGGCGCCGGUUCCCAGGAGGCCUCCAUCAUCGUCACCGUCUCCUCCGGCGAUGGCUCCGGCUACCGCCUGCAGAGCCCCAUCAUCUCCAUCGACCCGCACAGCACCACCGUGCGCCAGGGCGAGGAUGCGUCCUUCAAGUGCCGCAUCCAUAACGGCGCGCGGCCCAUCAACAUCACCUGGAGGAUGGCCCCCGGCCUGCAGCUGCAAGACAACGUGAAGAUCAGCCCCAACGGCUCGGUGAUCACCAUCUCCCAGGCUCGCACCAGCAACCAGGGCACCUAUCACUGCGUGGCCUCCAACCGCUUUGGGAUAGCCAGCAGCGUGGUCAACCUCAUGGUGCAAGAGUCCCCCACGGUUUCCGUGAUGCCCAAGGGCCCCGUGACGGUGAAGGUGGGCAAGUCCCUCAGCCUGGAGUGCCUCGGCCGGGGCGACCCCCGCCCCCUGGUCCGCUGGAGCCGGCUGGGCGUGCGGCAGAAGAUCGAGCACCAGACGCUGCUGCCCCUGGAGAGCCAAGCUGUGCUGCAGAUUUCGCCCGUGAAGCCUGAGGACGCUGGCACGUACGUGUGCGUGGCCCAGAACCCCGUGGGCUCUGCCCAGGUGCAGGUGGAGGUGACCGUGGAAGCUGCCCACAGGACCCCGGGUGCCCCUGAGGUCACGGUGGAGCCUACGCUGACGGUGGUGGCCGGAGAGACAGCCACACUGCACUGCUCUGCCACGGGCGACCCAGCCCCCAGCAUCCAUUGGUCCAAGCUGCGGGCACCACUGCCCUGGCAGCACAAAGUGAUGAACAACACCCUGGUCAUCCCACGAGCGGCACAGCAGGACUCCGGGCAGUACAUCUGCAAUGCCAGCAAUACGGCCGGCUUCUCCGAGGCCUUCGUCACGCUGGACGUGGAAAUGCCGCCCUACGCCACCAGCCUGCCCGACGAGAGCUCGGUGCGAGCGGGCGAGACGGUGCAGCUGCAGUGCCUGGCCCACGGCACGCCCCCCCUGCGCUACCAGUGGGACAAGGUCAACGGCCUCCUCCCUGACCACGCCGUGCUGCGGGACAGCGUCCUGCGCAUCAGCCCAGCCCAGCCCGAGGACGCGGGCGCCUACCGCUGCGUCGUCAGCAACAGGGUGGGCUCCGCAGAGACCAUCGCCAGGGUCAGCGUCCAGGGUGGUGCCACCCCACCAGUAUCCAGGGGGCCUCCAACUGUGCACGUGACCCCACGCGUGAACACGAAGGGCGUGGGCGGCACGGCCGAGUUCACCUGCACCAUCACCGGAGACCCACAGGCGCGGAUCGAGUGGUUCAAGGAGGACGGGGAGCUGCCAGUCGGCCACAGUGUGACGAACGGGGUGCUGCGGAUCCCGAAUUUGGACCGCAGUUGCCAGGGCGUGUACACCUGCCGGGCCACCAGCCCCUCCGGGGAGGCCCAGCACAGUGCCAAGCUGGUGAUCCAGGCGCUGCCCAAGGUGAUGAUCAACAUCCGCACCUUGGUGCAGACGGUGCUGAUGGGCAGCGCGGUGGAGUUCGAGUGCCUGGCCAUCGGGGACCCCAAGCCGCACAUCACCUGGAGCAAGGUGGGCGGCCGCCUGCGCCCCGACCUCGUCAUCAGCGGCGGGACGGUGAAGAUCGAGCGGGUGGAGCAGUCGGACGCAGGGCAGUACCGCUGCACUGCCACCAACGACGUGGGCACCGUGCAGUCUCACGUCAUCCUCCACGUCCAGUCUGUCCCCCAGAUUGCCGCCCAGCCGGAGAUGAAGGAGGUGGCCGUGGGGUCCACAGCCGUGUUCCCCUGCCUGGCUACUGGCUUCCCCAUCCCGGAGAUCAAGUGGACCAAGCUGCAGGGAGACCUCCCCGAAGGCAUCCGGCUGGAGAGCAAUAUCUUGACCAUCCCCUCCGUCAAGCCGGAAGAUGCGGGCGUCUACAUCUGCACCGCCUCCAACCGGCAGGGGAAGGUGACGGCCAUCUCCAUGCUCAAGGUCCGAGAGCGGGUGGUGCCCUACUUCACGCAGAGCCCCCAGUCCUACCUGCCCCUGCCCACCAUCAAGGACGCCUACAAGAAGUUUGAGAUCCAAAUCACCUUCCGGCCAGACACCGCCGAUGGGAUGCUGCUGUACAAUGGGCAGAAGAAGAGCACCGGUGCCGACUUCGUGUCCUUCGGCCUGGUGGGCGGCCGCCCAGAAUUCAGGUUCGACGCCGGCUCGGGCAUGGCCACGAUCCGGCACCCGACGCCGAUCCGGCUGGGGGAGUUCCACACGGUGCGGCUGUACCGCAACCUCACCCAGGGCUCCCUCGUGCUGGACAACCACCCACCCGUCAAUGGCACCUCGCAGGGCAAGUUCCAGGGGCUGGAUCUGAACGAGGAGCUGUACCUGGGUGGGUAUCCCAGCUACGCCGCCAUCGCCAAGACCGGCCUCAGCAGCGGUUUCAUCGGCUGCGUGCGCCAGCUGCUGAUCCAGGGCGAAGAGGUGAUCUUCAAGGACCUGGAUCUGCCAGCUCACGGUGUCGCCAGCUGCCCCACCUGCAGGGACCAGCCAUGCCAGAACGGCGGUGUCUGCAGGGACUCGGAGAGCAGCAGCUACGUCUGCCACUGCCCGCAGGGCUUCACCGGCAGCAACUGCGAGCACUCGCAGGCCCUGCACUGCCACCCAGAGGCCUGCGGACCGGACGCCACCUGCAUUAACCGAGCGGAUGGGCAGGGCUACACCUGCCGCUGCCACCUGGGCAAGACGGGCGAGAAGUGCAUGGAAGGGGUCAUGGUGACCACCCCUUUCUUCAACGGGCACGACGCCUUCAUCUCGUACCCGCCCCUCACCAACAUCCACUACGAGCUGCGGGUGGACGCCGAGUUCAAGCCACUGUCGCCUGACGGCCUCAUCUUCUUCAGCGCGGGCAAGGGCGGCCCCGUGGAAGACUUCGUCUUGCUCGCCAUGGCUGCCGGGCGCCUGGAGUUUCUCUACGAGCUGGGCUCAGGCAUGGCCGUGCUGCAGAGCACGGAGCCCCUCGCCCUGGGCCGCUGGCACCGGGUCUCGGCGGAGCGCAGCAAUAAGGACGGCACCCUCGUGGUGGAUGGCGGCCGGCCGGUGAAGCGGUCGUCACCAGGCAAGAGCCAAGGCCUCAACCUACGCACGCCCAUGUUCCUGGGCGGGGUGGACCCGUCUGUGGUGCUGCCUGUGGCCGCCAAUGUCAGCGCCCACUUCCACGGCUGCGUGGGCGAGGUGUCCAUCAACGGGAAGAGGGUGGACAUCUCGUACAGCUUCCAGGAGAGCCGGAGCGUGGCGCAGUGCUACGACAGCUCGCCCUGCGACCGCCGGCCCUGCCUGCACGGCGCCAAGUGCCUGCCCACCGGCGAGUACGAGUUCCAGUGCCUGUGCCAGGACGGCUUUCGCGGUGACCGCUGCGAGCUGGCCGAUGACCCGUGCCUGCUGGGCAACCCCUGCCUGAACGGUGGGACGUGCAAGGCAAGCCGGUGCCUGUGCCCAGAUGGCUUCGUGGGGACGUACUGCGAGCAGAGCCUGGCGCUGCAGAAGCUGGACCGGGAGUGGCUCCCCGAAGGCAGUGGGGGCAACGAUGCCCCAGGCCAGUAUGGAGCCUAUUUCUAUGAUGGCGGCUACCUUGCGCUUCCCAGACACCUGUUCCCCAGGAGCCGCCCUGAGGCACCGGAGACCAUCGAGCUGGAAGUGCGCACCACCUCUCCCAACGGCGUGGUCCUCUGGCAGGGUGUGGAGGAAGGGGAGAGCGGCAAAGCCAAGGACUUCAUCAGCCUCGGCCUCAAAGAAGGGCACCUGGUGUUCAGCUACCAGCUGGGUAGCGGCGAGGCCAGCAUCGUCUCCGAUGACCCCAUCAAUGAUGGCGAGUGGCACAAAGUGACGGCUGUGCGGGAAGGGCGGCAGGGCUCGCUGCACGUGGAUGGAGAGGAGCUGGUGAGCGGAGAGUCGCCCGGAAACAACAUCAUGGUGAACACCAAGGGCAGCGUGUACAUCGGAGGCGCUCCGGCCGUGCAGACCCUCACCGCGGGCAAGUUCACCUCGGGCAUCACGGGCUGCAUCAAGAACCUGGUGCUGAUGAACGAGAGGCCAGGCCAGCAGCCGCCGCAGCCCGUCGACUUGCAGCACCACGCGGAGGCCGGCACCAACACCCGGGAGUGCCCCUCGUAGGCCCGGCCUGCCACUCCCCCGGCCACGGCCCCCCACAGACGUCUGUUCUUGUUAUUUUGAUGCUGAUGAAUUUUUUUUGUAAAGAAACAAAGAGGAAAAUGGUGCUUUGCUGCUACCAAAAAAAAAAAAAACAAAUCCCCAGCAGGGGAGGGGGCCGCAUUCGUCACCGCUGCCCUCGAGCGCCCGGUGCCCCAGAUGCACCGGGCCCCGCAGAGCCUCCGGCCACCGACUCGGCCACGGAUGGGCCCCAUGGGUGGAGAAGCCUCCCCCUGCCCCCUCUUGCUCCGUGGCACGCAGGAGGGAGCGGGGCCAGCCGGCUUUGCUGCAUGCCGUCACCGGGCUGCCGCGGGAGCGUGACGGGACCCCCUGGACUGUCCGGUGUCAGGGGACGAAGGCCAAAUCCUGGCAGCUUGGACAGCUCCUCACCAACCUGGGGCAGGGGCAGCAGGCAGGGAAGGAGGCUUCUGCAGCGCACCCCUCCCGGGGGCACAGGCGCUGGGCAGAGACAUCCGACAUCCCUCGGCCCCACUCCGGCCAGCGCAGCCCAAAGACACGCCAGGCUCAGGGCACUGCACACUCACCUUCGUGCCUUCCUCGAUCCAGGACAAUCCCCCCACUCCUCCCCGGGGCCUUCUCUGGCUCCGGCCACCUCCCCUUCGCUCGGAAGCACGUGCCGCGGGCUCAGCCUCCCAGCACAGCCCGGGCCCGGGAACCUCAUGCCCCCGGGAGGCUCCUUCGUGCCUCCAAGUGACUUGCAACGAUGAAACGCAGCCCAGCCGACGAAGCAGCGGGGAGACCCCGGUCCCCGGGCAGAAGAGAUGUGAUGGGGGGGACCUGGAGACCAGACGCCAGCAACACAGCCUCCGCUUUGGGGUGCGCCAAGGGGCUGGGAAGGUGCUGGGCUCCCACCCGUGUGAGCUGAGCCGUGCCUGGCACAAGCGGCCCCACGGGGAUGGGGGGAUAGGGGCCCGCUCUGCUCAGGUCCGCGCUGUCUCGUUGGCUUCCUAUUAAACGACAAGUAACAACCGA